UUAGGAACAUAUAAAAAAAUUGUUUUGUCCGAAGCUUGAGGGCGCUUUACCCUAGUAACACGAAUAUUAAGUAUUUGAAGGCAGUGUGUACGAAUAAGCUUUCCCAUUCCCCUAUUUAAAUUUUUCUAGUAUUGAUUACUAGACCAAAAUUUCCAAUAUUUCAUUGAAAGUUUCAGACCUCAAAAUUUCACACUACUUUUAAACAUAAUAUGCUGUAAGUUAAUCCAUAACCCAUUGGUGCCUAAUUAGCAAAACGGCAAUUUGUCAUCGUAUUAGUCUUUAACUGUCGUCUUGCCUUCUAAUGACCCUCUGCCCUGGAAGAUAUUUUAAUUUAAGAGAAUACCGAAGAAACCAAUUUAUGCAACAGAUCUCCAGACCCUUAAAAACAGUGAUUUAUGUAUUUUCAGUUUUGCGACUUGCAGUGUUUUUCACCCCUUGAUUUUAAUUACAUUCUUGCAGAAAACUCAAACGAUAUAAUUGAUUUAAUAACUCUCUAUAUGGAGUUCUCUUCCAAGUUACUCUAACGAAGAAUGCUAAUUUUCCCCCUCAACAUGCUAAUCAGUUAUGUUAGUAAAUUAUGCGAUUAAUUGUUACCUUUUAAAUUGUGCACUUGAUGGAUUUGAUUUCUCUGUUCGAGAAACCUUACAUGUUUUGUGGUAUUUUCUUGACGAAAUAGCAAAAGUGAAGAGAAAAAAAGCUUCACUUGUUUGGGGCCAAAUCAGAGUCACUUUCAAUAAUAAAUUAAUUAUAAAUAUUUCAACUCGGGGCCAGUUGAUUGAAAGUGAGACUUUGUUGAAUUUCUUGGGUAAACAUUUGGGGGAUUUAUUGAUGUGUUUUUGGUGUCUUGUAAAAAUAGUUGAAAUGUGGUGUAUUUUUUUUGUGGAGAUUUUGCAGAGAUUGUUCAACUUUCUUGUGGGGGGAUGUACCUAGAAUUUUGGGAUGAUGUGCCUUUUUUUGUGAAAUCCCCCACGAAUUGGCACAUUGCACCACUUUGUGCUUAUGCAGUGUCUGUUAGUUUAAAGACAACACAUUCCCAAUGCUGACUUCGUAAAAAGACGUUCAUAGGGAAGUGGCCAGAUAGAGACUUUAUGCGACCAGACUCUGUGGGAAAGUGAUGAGAGAUUGAAGAGAGGAAAAAUUGUGAAAAAAGUGUAUAAUUUAGUGGCGAUAAGGACUAUAAGUUGAGAAGCCAGAAAAAAAUAGAAAAAAACAUUAAGUUGCAUUUAUAGAGUUCCCAUUUCAAAAUAAUCAUUCACUCAACACAUUUUCACCACCAACACAUUUCCACCAAGUAUUCUCACGAUGCUUUUUUCAGCUUUUUGUUGGUGCAAAAGGAAUAACACACAUAUUUUAUUAAUAGAUCCCCAUAGAGUUGAGUUUUAAAAUUGGAAAUUUUUGGUAUUCGAACGGGACACUGAGGCUCAGUUGUGUGCUGAACUCGAGGCCGAUUGGAUGGCCAGAGAAAUCCGUCCACCACAAAUUAACUAAAAAAUAUUCAAAUUAAAAACAUAAAAUAAAAGUUCUACCUUAAUUGGUGCUCAGAUCGUGCAUAGAGUGAUCAAGACAACAAAAAAGUUACUUAAGACAGAGUCCCGCCAAAAAAAAGUGCUCUAAUCUCAAUGUUCUGUGAUCUUUCUGUGCGUUAUUUUGUGCCUCAAUUGCUGAGAUUAAAUUUGUAGUCAAUUAAUCAAAUUGUAAAUCCACUUGUUCUACAGCACGAGAGGUCAAUUUUCGCCUCAUUUGCUUUGAUUUUUUACAAAGAAGCCUGUGUGCCAUGAUUUCAGAAGUGCCAGAGAAUAUUCUAUAAUUAAUCUUACGAAAAACCAAUUCAGAGAAUAUUCUUGUGUUUUCCCACAAAAGUGAAAUGUUGUGAAUAGUGCGAAAGAAGCCCAAUCUCUCAAAGAAGUCCGUUAAGAAUCAACGGAAGUUUCACAUCCAGAAUCCACAGAAGAAUUCUUCCAAAGUCCAGUCAUGAAUAAAUUGCGAGAGUUUCGCGCCAAAUCGCCUCAAUUGGGUGGGAAUUUUCUCAAUUCAAUCUCACGCAGUUGCUCCAAUGUUAGUCACAAAUUCCUCAGGCGAAGUCCCGGUCGUCGUGCCAAUCACCAUCGUGCCAUCUCAUCCGGAAGCUACGAUCUCACCGGUGCCACAGAGCAUCGAUUGGAGAUUGGCCAUCCGAUUCUCAUCAACAAAACCGCUAUUGAUGUGGACAGCAUAGAUUUGCGCAGUAAACCAACAGAAGCGGAUUCAAUGAUCCUCGAAGCGGAUUCCAUAGCUGAAUCGGAAGAAUCCGAACUAUCCUGCGCCCCACAUCUUCAAGAGAUAAGCUUCUCCUUCCUCCCUGAAGAAGAAGCCAAUACAGCAGACUACGAAAUCCCGCCAAAUCCAAAGAGAGUCCCACCCCAAGAAACUCCUCCAAAGACCUUCUCAAUGAACAAGUCCAAAUCCUCAACAAAUCUCCACAAAUCCGAGCUCACUGUCUACCUCAGGAGAUGCUCUUCAGUGCGCCUCAUUAAGCACCAAGUAUCCACAAUUGAGAUACCACGAGAAGAUUUGAGAACUCACGUGCCUGGACGAAAAUCCCUCCCACCGGAAUUUCCACCACCGCCUCCUCCGCCAAUAAUCUCUGAGAAUCAGUAUGAAACUGCAGGGAGUCACCUCCGGAGAGCUAGUUACUCAAAAGCCGUCAAAGACUCAGAUAGUGGAGAAGAAAUUCCCAAAGAACCAUCUCUGGAGGAUCUUCAGGACAUCCUCGAAAGCAUGAAGAAAGAAACAGAACAGAACCCAGGAAAAAGUCUCACGCACAUCCUAUCUGAGAGUCGGAUGAAUUUGCUGAAAGGGAGGAAUCUCAAGAUGCCUCAUUUCAACGCUUCUAAAGCAAAAAAUGCCUGGAGUGGAUUUAGGCACUGGGUGGAGGAAGAAGUGGCCAAAGUGCGUCCUCAUGCAGAGGAAGAACCUGAGAAGGAUGAUCCUGCUACCAGCAACCAUCAGCAUGAGGAGGAAAAUAGCCCUCAAGAUGAGGGUCAAAGUGGAUUUGAAGAACUCCGACGCUACGUGAAGCAAGGCGAUGAUUUCAGUAAGGAAAUGCUGGCGAUUCUCCAGGAAAGGGCUGAAGCAGAGCUUACGUAUGCAAAGUCCCUGACAAAGAUGGCCAGCAAGCUGAACAAGGCGUGUCGAGAGGUUCCGGCCAGUUCGGCAAGCUCUUGGCGCGGUGUGGCAGCUGAGAUGGAGACUCGUGGUGAGAUCCACCGGCAGUUCUCCAGCUCAAUGGCCGAGGAAAUUGUUAAGCCACUCAAAGUGAUCAUGGAGAAUCAGUAUAAGGCCAGGAAGGCCGUUGAGGGCACAGUAGACAAAUCCGCGAGAAUCCUGGCUGAUUGGAGAGCCAGUGAGGCCAAGGCGAAGGCUAAAUGUGCCAGUGCGGCCAAGAAGAAUGAGAAAUUGCAAGACACAGGCUUGGACGUGAGAAUACAGAGAAGUCCCUCAUUGGGCAUUCUUCACCAUGGAAAUGGCCUCCCACUGCCCACGAGGAACCCUGAGAAGGAAGAGCGUCUCACAGAGAAGGAAAAGGCAAAGUUGGAGACAAAACGCCGAAAGGCUGAGGAAGCAGUCAAAAGAGCCGACGUUGAGUACUAUACCCUCUGUGUUAGGGCAGAAAGGGCCAGGCUUGAGUACGAGAAAGCUAUAGGGAGGGGUUCGUCAGUUCUGCAAUCCCUAGACAAUCAGAGAUUACUUCACAUGCGAACCUACAUCGAUAGCUUCCUCAAACUCAUCCCCUAUGCCGCAGAAUUCAAUUUCGAGUCAGAUCUCGGAGCCUCAGAUGAAGCUCCCGUGAUGGACAUUAAGAACGACGCCCUAAUCAAACACUUCAUUCGUCCCGGACUGGGCAGGAGUAAGAGUGUAGUAGAGUAUGGAAAUAGGGCAGACACCCUUCCCAGUUCAGGGGUUUCAAUCAAUGGCCAGGCAAAUGGAUCAAUUGCUGGGAGAGGGAGUCCCAUUUGGGAUCGAGGGAUCGCCGAUGGAGGAUCAAAUCAGCAGGAUUCGGAUUUCGAUGAGUUCUCAUCGCAUGACGAGGAUGAGGACUCCACCAGAAAGAGCGAAAAAUCCCUGCCACAGAAUCCACCUCAAGCCCCACAGACCAAGGCCAUUGGACGCUGCAAGGCGAUCUACAACUACGCGCCAAAGCUCUACGAUGAGCUAGAACUGAAUCCAGGUGAUAUUAUUGAAAUACACGUGAAACAGGAGGAUGGCUGGUGGCUUGGAGCCCUGCGAGAUCGCAUUGGAAUCUUCCCUGCCACAUAUGUGGAAGAAAUCUCCUAACCCUAAAAAGUCUUCCAAAAAAGCGACUCUUGAAAAAUUGUGUAAAAAAUACUUUAUUGCAGAAGACGUAACAAGAAAAAAGAAAAUUGUUGCUAAUUUAUAUUUAACAAAAUUUUACUUUGUAAUAAACAAAAUAUUGACUA